AUGGAACAAGUUCUACAAGACCUCCCAGGUGUCAGCUCUUACUUUGACGACAUAAUUGUCUACGGGUCAACUUUGGAUGAAUGUUUCAACAACCUUGUAGCUUGUCUGGAGCGACUUCAAACCAACAAUCUUCACCUCAACAGAAAUAAAUGCACAUUCUUCCAAGAAAGCAUCACAUACUUAGGAUAUGUUAUUGAAAAUAACACGAUAUCCAAGUCUCCAGCAAAAGUGUCAAAUAUCCUCAAUAUUCAAAGACCAAAUUCAGUAGAGGAAGUGAGAAAGUUUCUAGGACUUGUAACUUAUUAUUCAAAAUUCAUUCCAGCAGCUUCUACCAUAACUUACCCUCUACGCCAGUUACUCAUCAAGAAUAAACCAUUCAACUGGACAAAAGAUUGUGAGAAAGCGUUCAUCAACAUCAAGAAGGAAAUAGCCUCAGAUAGAGUGGUAGUUCCUUUUGACCCAGACCUUCCAGUAUCCGUAGCCUGCGAUGCAAGCCCACAUGGGAUCUCAGGAGUACUAUCACACAUUAUCAAUGGAGAAGAAAGGCCCAUUGCAUUUGUCUCCCGCUCACUUUCAAAAUCAGAGUCCCAAUACAGCCAACUUGAUCGCGAAGCACUCGCUAUUGUAUUUUCUAUUGGAAAAUUUUUCAACUACCUCUAUGGAAGAAAGUUUGAAUUGAUCACAGAUAACCAACCACUCACACGAAUAUUUCACCCAAAGAAUGUUCCUCCAAUGACAGCUGGUCGACUUUUACGCUAUGCAGUUUUCCUCAGAGGAUUUGAAUACAACAUCAAACAUCGGAAAGCAGAACAACACCAAAAUGUAGACUUUCUAUCCAGGACUUUUCAAACAACGGAACAUCGUGGUAUCGACACGGCACUGAAUAAAGAAGAAGAUGAAAUAGAACAGAAUUCAAUCCUUCAAAUCUCAUCAAUCAACAUCACGAGUGAUUCAAUUUCAAAAGAAACUGCGUACGAUCCAGGAAUGAAAGAUCUUAUGAAACAAAUAAAAGAAGGUGCAAAUGAUCCAAUCUACUCAACCAAUCAAGGAAUUGUAUUCAGAGGAGAACGUGUAUACAUUCCAAGAUCACUACGCUCUCAUGUUUUAGAAGAGCUUCAUGCAACACACAUAGGAAUGGUAAGAAUGAAGCGACUCGCAAGACUCCACUGUUAUUGGCCCGGAAUUGACAAAGACAUUGAAAAUAAAGUUCGAUCAUGUGCAGCUUGUGCUUUACAGUCAAAACAGCCAACAAAAGUUUUUCACCCUUGGGAAAUCCCUAAGGAAAACUUUGAAAGAGUUCACAUGGACUACGCAGGACCAUUUAAUGGACACCAUUUCCUAGUAGUGAUUGAUGCAAAAUCUAAAUGGCCUGAGGUUCGAAUAACCAAAAACGCACCAUCCACAGCUAUGACAAUAGAAUUUCUAAAUGAUAUCUUCUCUACACAUGGAUAUCCUGCUGUACUAGUUUCUGAUAAUGCCACUAUUUUUACUAGCCAAGAAUUUACAGACUUUUGCCGACAAAGAGGCAUAUUUCAAAAAUUUAUCGCCCCAGGACACCCAGCAACCAAUGGGUUAGCGGAACGCUAUGUGCAAACGUUAAAGACAUCUUUGAAAAAUUGUGCUGAAGAUCCUCGAAAGAAUAUUAAAUCACAAAUUCAAGACAUACUGUUUCGCUACCGAGCUGUACCUCUACAAUGCGGACAAUCACCGGCUGAACUGUAUUUAAAUCGAAAGAUCAGAACAAAACUAGAUGCUCUCAAACCCCCUAAGAAAAACACAUCAUUACAUCCAGGUUUUCAACAAGUAAGCCGCUCAUUUAAAGUGGGGGAGAGAAUAUUAGUACGUUCCUUAGACGGCUGGAAGUUCGGAAAAGUUAUUUUUCAACUUGGAGCUCUGCACUACAAAGUCAAACUGGACAACGGUUACAUUGGCAAGAGACACAUCGAUCAGUUGAAGAGAACAUCAGUGCCAGAAACAAAAGACAAAACACACUCCAGCUCAUCUCCUAAAGAAAAUACCAGUUCGCAGCAACAGAACAUGACAUUCAAGGACAAUGAUCUAGAAAAUAUAGAAAUCAGGCUUCAACGCAGAGAAGAUAGCAAUGAUCAACUUGAAAAUGCAGAAAUCAGGCUUCAACCCAGUGAACAUAAUAAUCCUCAAACAGAUGACAAUGCUUCAACAGAUGUUCCUCGCAAAUCAGCCCCCUUCUCCCUUUCAAUGUUUUUAAUAGAUACAUCUAAAUAG